AUGAGCUCGCUGAGGUUGGGAGACGUGGAGUGGGUGGUCGAGCACUUGCUGCACGCCAUCUUUCGGUUUGACGAUGCUCGGUACCCGGUGGGAGGAUCAACCGCACUGGCACCGUAUUUCCCCAACUCGGCUUCAUCGCUUGUAGUAACGGCAAUGAUGGGGAGUAGGUUGGAUGGUAGCGAAGCCUUGGAACGGCAUUGGCCCAAGUCAUCGCAAAAGGAUGUGCAUGUCGAAGUGGUUACCCGGCGUUAUAAUGGGCAUAAGACUGGCGACUAG